GGCGUACGGAUCUUGCAGUAGGCGCAGGGAGAAGCGAGGGUGGGCAGGAGAGGACUGGAAAGACUGCCGGGCGUUACAGUCUCAGCCCGCGAGGGGUAAACGGCGCAUGUGCAAUAGCCUCAGGCUGCUUAAAUGGCUUCUUUUAGCGUGUAGCGCUUUAUGGAUUAUGUUGUACAUAGUGUUCCCGCCUCGUAUACUAGAUCCAUCGUACCGAAAACUGGAGAAGCUAGUUCUAGAAAUUGGAAGCAAAUACCGUAGGUUAUCAAAAGACUGAGGCCAAAUCUCAGCGCGAAGGGACCCGACACAGAAAACCACUGGGAAGCAGCGUUUGUGCGCGGCCCUACCCGGAUUUGGCGCAGCGCCUAGUCUUGACUCUUCCCGCGACCUGUAGCGCGGCCGAGCAAGCGCAGAAGGCUUUGUGAGCCUCGCGCAGUCAUGGAACCGGACGGGACGUACGAGCCGGGCUUCGUGGGUAUUCGAUUCUGCCAAGAAUGUAACAACAUGCUUUACCCUAAAGAGGACAAGGAGAACCGUAUUCUGCUGUACGCGUGCCGAAAUUGUGAUUACCAGCAGGAAGCCGACAACAGCUGCAUCUAUGUCAACAAAAUCACGCACGAAGUGGACGAACUAACCCAGAUAAUCGCUGACGUGUCCCAGGACCCCACGUUGCCACGGACGGAGGACCACCCGUGCCAGAAAUGUGGCCACAAGGAGGCGGUGUUCUUCCAGUCACACAGUGCCCGUGCAGAGGAUGCCAUGCGCUUGUACUAUGUAUGCACUGCCCCACACUGUGGCCACCGCUGGACUGAGUGACCUGUCCCUCUUCCCACCUGUAAUAAAUGCCAAGUACUGUGUG